AUGAGUGAUAAGGAACCUAUCAUUUUUAGACCAGAUAACGAGCAUACCUUGCAACCUCACAAUGAUCCUCUAGCUAUCUUAGUCGGUAUUGAGAAUUGCAACAUAAACUGGGUCUUCAUCGAAGGAGGGAGUUCCUUCAAUGCUAGACUAGGUCGGUAUAAAUCAAGUGUUUCUGGACAAAAAAAGGCCCCCGCUUUAUGCUUUCAGGGGAACUCAGGUGCAGCCCCUAUGCAAUAUACACCUCGCUCUGACCAAAGGGGAAUGUCCACGCAAGGUGACCACGGUCGCCAACUUUGUAGUUGUGGAUUGUUCAACCACUUACAACGUCAUCUUAGGCCAACCCGCCCUUACAGAGCUCGAUGUCAGCAUUAG